UGUUUACAUCCUCUCAGCUGUUCCCCACCGCCUCCUCCCAGAAUGCACCGCACACAUCACAACAAAUAACGAGUCUGGGCUGCACGCACAGGCCUCUCCGGUACCGGGCUCCCCUCUCCCCGCCCCGCACCAGGACACGGCGCGCUGUACACUGCUGCCCGGCCUCUCUCUCUCAUGGAUAGAUAUGGCAGGUGAACUGACGACCUGCUAGAAGGGCACAGACGCAAGUUGGUGAUCUUUUGUUACUUUCCAUUUUCCUUAGCGAAUGUAUUUUCAAAUAAAUUAAAACUAUUCACGUAUCAUGGGAGGAGCAGUGAGCGCUGGGGAAGACAAUGAUGAUUUAAUUGAUAAUCUAAAGGAGGCACAAUAUAUACGUACUGAAAAGGUAGAACAGGCAUUCCGAGCAAUUGAUCGAGGGGAGUAUUACCUGGAAGGAUACAGGGACAAUGCUUAUAAAGACCUGGCUUGGAAACAUGGGAAUAUACAUUUGUCUGCACCUUGCAUCUAUUCUGAAGUUAUGGAGGCACUAAAACUUCAACCGGGAUUGUCUUUCCUUAAUCUUGGAAGUGGAACCGGAUAUUUAAGUACAAUGGUGGGCUUAAUUUUAGGUCCAUUUGGCAUAAAUCAUGGAGUUGAGCUUCAUUCUGAUGUGGUGGAAUAUGCCAAAGAGAAAUUGGAAGCAUUCAUUAAGUAUAGUGAUAGCUUUGACAAAUUUGAAUUUUGUGAGCCGGCUUUUGUAGUUGGUAAUUGUUUGGAGAUAGCAUCAGACAGUCCACAGUACGACCGGAUUUAUUGUGGUGCUGGCGUACAGAAAGACCAUGAAAACUACAUGAAAAUUUUACUGAAAAUCGGUGGGCUAUUAGUAAUGCCUAUUGAAGACCAGCUCACUCAGAUCCAGAGAACAGGACAAAAUACUUGGGAAAGCAAAAACAUUUUAGCAGUUUCUUUUGCUCCCUUGAUGCAACCAAGUAAGAAUGACAACCACAAAUCUGAAACUGUGAGAUUGCCUGCUUGUACUGUAAGGAGCCUUCAGGACUUGGCUCGCAUCUAUAUUCGCCGUACACUUAGGAACUGCAUAAAUGAUGAGAUGCAGGCCAAAGGUGUUCCCCCGAAAGCGCCUCAAAAACGGAAAAGGAGGAGAUGUCGUAGACGCCGCAUUAACACCUAUGUAUUUGUAGGAAACCAACUAAUUCCACAAGCCUUAGAUAGUGAUGAAGAUGAAAAAAAUGAUGAGGACAGCAAAGAUGAGGAAAAAGAGCAUAAUGAAGCUUUGAAAGCUGAGGAGCCCCCACAGAACCUACUUCGAGAGAAAAUUCUGAGCUUACCUCUUCCUGAAUCUUUAAAAGCAUACUUGACCUAUUACAGAGAGAAAUGAUGACACACUUGAAUCUAAAACUUUAUUGCCUGCUGAUAUUUCAUUUUUUUUCUUGAAAAUGUAGCAUUUGUUAAUAAAAUAAAAUAAAAAAAUGUCUGUUAACUUUCAUCAACAGAUCCAGUGGACACCUAUAAUUGUCUUGAACGCCAUUAACCAAUUGAGUUUAUUUUUUAAAACCUGUAUAUUUUCUCAACAUUUUUGAGAUAUAAUGUACACAAGUUUUUAGCUGUAACAAGUUACCACUUUGCGGUAUGACUUGCAGUUUUGGAAAACAAUUGUUCUAUACCCUUAUAUACAGGUCACAGCAUAUUUAAGUCUGGUCAAUUUGAAUAGCUGUUGUCUUAUUAAACUAAUAUCUAUCAUU